CUCAUUUGCAUCCAGACUUUGCCUCUGCUCCACCUCUGAAAUUCUGCCUCUUAAAUGUGCUUAAAGAUUUCAGUGGGGCUGGGAGCUGUACUAGGGUUGAAAAGGCUGCUUGCUCCGUAAAUGCUGCUAGACCAUGGUUCUGCUAGCACCACCAGCUCUAUGGUUUCUGGGUCUUCUCUUAGCAGGUACUGGCAAUAUCCUAGAAUCUACAGAUUCAGUUCUAGACGCCUUGGCAGAGAUCUAGGUCUUAUUGCCUUGCCACAUGGAGAAUUACAGACGGACAAGGACUGCAAACUGGAUCUGCGGUUGGAUAGGGGACAAUCUCUGCAAUCCCCUCCUUGCUACUCAGAUGGAGACAUUGGGCUGGAGCCAAACCUUUCCGUUGAAAUCGGUGGAACUUAAGUUGAACUUAUCCCAUUGAUUUCUGUGCUCUGUAGACCUCUGCAGAUACCAUCUUAUCAGGAGGUCUGCUCCAUAUAACAUGGGAACAGAGCCUUUAGUGUGGUGGCACCUGCCUUUGGAAUCCCCUCUCAUUAAAUAUCAGACAGGUGCCACCUCUGUUGCCUUUUUGGUGCCUGCGGAAGACCUUCCUCUUCUAACAGGGCUUUUGGGUGGAGAUCUUUCCCAGUCCACAUCUGUCCUGGAAUUACGUUAACAUGUUUUAUUGCUUGUGUGUUUGCCGCCCUUUGAGAGGGAGGGUGGGCGACAAAUCAAAUAGAUUUCAGUGGGGCACAUGUUCAGCUAACUUAACAUGGAUCCAGCCUCUGAUGUUUGUAGAAAGCUGCAUCUCUGUGGACAGCGACGUGACCCACCUCAGGGUUAUGGAAUGAAAGACUCGAAGUUCACAGGCUCACCCAAGGGUCACCAGCAUGUUCUGGACCUGCUGUUCUGCUUUAAAAGCAACCUGCUGAUGUCUCCGUGUUGUGUUUGUGUCUUCGAACCACAGGCAAUGCAGAAGUGAUGCUGAACCAGCCUAGCUCUAAGCUGGCACCCCUAGGAAAUGUCACUCAGCUCCCCUGCACCCUGUCUGGCGACAGCAUCACAACCAUCGCAAGCCACACCAUCGUCUGGCUCCAGCGGAAGCACCAGGGCUCUCCCAAACGCAUUUUGUAUUACAAAGAUGAAUCGAACCAACAUAAAGUCUCGGGGGUCCCUGAUCGCUUUUCUGCUUUCAAAGAUGCCCAAAGCAGCACCUGCUACCUCGCUAUCUCUGGGGUCCAGGCAGAGGAUGACGGCAUCUAUUACUGCCUGACAUCGGCCGGGGGAGAAUACCACAGUGCUUUAGCUUAA